CGCCGCCUCCGCCCGCCGCCAGCCCGCACUCCUUUCGAUCCCACAUCAUACCUCGCAGACGCCAAUGGCAUCAAAGCGGCCGCUCCGGGCGCUAGUAUCGACCGCAACAUCGUCCCUCCGCCCCACGCAGGCCUCAGCUCCGUCGCUCGCGCGGGCCUCCGCACGCGCAUUCUCAACCACGACCCCGUCCCGAGGCCCCGAAUAUGACACCGACGCAGCCGACCGCCCACGCUGGCAACAGACCCCGCCGCGCAUGGUAGCACCCUUCCGGACGCGGCCGCUGCCCAAGGGACCCGCCUUCAAAGUCAACGACGACCCGCGGAGACUCGACGACGCAUACAUACGCAUGCUGGGGCCGCGCGGGGACAAGCUGCUGAGCGAUGAGGUCAAGUGGCUUGCGGUGACGCACAAGAGUUUCGAUCACGGAAGGAGAGGGUUCAAUGACCGGUUGGCGUUUCUGGGACGGAGAAUAGUCUCGCUGCAGACAUCGGAAGCUCUACUGAACUCGCCGCAGGCGGAGACGUGGCCAAGGGACGCCAAUGGCCGCCCGCUGCCUGAUCAGUACGGCCGCGCCCCCUUCAUGCACCCUGCUCUGGGCGGCCUCCCAGGCCUUACACACGAAUCGAAAGACCGCGUGCUGGACAAGACACGGUUAGUUGGACUGGCGGAGCGAUACGGUCUGGACAAGGUGACGCGGUGGAAACCAAAGAGGACCGACAACCUGCAAGGCUCGGGCAUUGAAUCUGUCCUAUCAACCUCAUUAUACGCCAUAAUCGGCGCCAUUGCCCUUGAGCGCGGCGGCGAAGUAGCCAAUAAGGUGACACAGGACAAGAUCCUCGCACCGCUCGGCUUCACCUUCUCUACCAACAGUUCAUGAAUACCCCUCCCUAUCUCCUUGUAGAAGCAGAUAGCCUGUGUCAAAUGUAUCAUACUAUGUGUAUAAAAUUCAGUUGUCGGCGCCAUUUUGUCCAUUUCCUUUUCACUCAAGCCCACGGCGACCUGCUCGCUCGUUCCCUCCCCCGGCAACGACCGACAGAGCUUUCUUUUCACUCGACUGCAACGCCCACAGACGAAUUGUAUAUAUGUGUGUCCCGCUAAUCCUGAG